CCGCCUAUCGCCCAUCGCCCAUGCCCCUGAUUCCCUAGUUGCUGGCGCUGCAUCGGAGUCGCAACCAUGAGGAUCACGGAGAUCAUCAUCGACGGCUUCAAAUCGUACGCUGUGCGUACGGUCAUCUCGGGAUGGGACGAGUCUUUCAACUCCAUUACCGGUCUCAACGGUAGUGGUAAGUCCAACAUUCUCGAUGCCAUCUGUUUCGUCCUCGGAAUCACGAACAUGUCCACCGUUCGCGCGCAAAACCUCCAGGAUCUCAUCUACAAGCGCGGCCAAGCCGGUGUGACCAAGGCCAGUGUCACAAUCGUCUUCGAUAACCGCGACACCGCCAAAUCGCCCAUCGGUUUCGAAGAGUAUGCGACCAUCUCGGUCACUCGACAGAUCGUCCUUGGCGGCACGAGCAAAUACCUGAUCAACGGUCAUCGUGCGCAGCAGCAGACUGUGCAGAACCUGUUUCAGAGUGUGCAGCUGAAUAUCAACAACCCCAAUUUCCUGAUUAUGCAAGGACGAAUCACGAAGGUGCUCAACAUGAAGCCGGUUGAGAUUUUGUCUAUGAUUGAAGAAGCGGCGGGUACACGGAUGUUCGAGGAUAGGAGGGAGAAAGCCGUGAAAACAAUGAGCAAGAAGGAAUUGAAAUUGCGCGAGAUCGAAGAACUGCUCAAGGAGGAAAUCGAGCCCAAGCUGGAGAAGCUCAGGUCCGAAAAGCGCGCAUUCCUUGAUUUCCAGCAAACCCAGAACGACCUGGAGCGCUUGACUCGGCUGGUCGUGUCUCAUGACUACCUCAGAGGCAAUGAGCGUCUGCGGGUCACGGGCGAGGAAUGCGAACAAAAGAGACAGAAGGUGCAAUCGCUUGAAGACAAUGCGACUAAGCUAAAGAGUGAAAUCGCUCAUCUGGAGGAGGACAUGAAGCGGGUGAGAGCGGCCCGCGACAAGGAACUACGGAAGGGAGGCCAAUUCCAGGCUCUUGAGGAUGAGGUCAAGUCUCAUUCGCACGAACUCGUUCGGUUGACCACCGUUUUCGAUCUUAAGAACGCGAGCAUUGACGAGGAGAAGGCGAAGAGCAAGGAGGUCCAGAAAACAGUCAGCGACUUGGAGAAAGCCCUCAAGGAGAAGAAGAAGAUCUACGACAAGCUCCAAGCCGAAUACGAUGCCGCAAAGGCAGAGCUGGACGCUCAGACGGCCGAGGUUGAGCAGAAGGAAGAGUUGCUCCAGACUCUGCAGACCGGUGUCGCCUCAAAAGAAGGCCAGGAAAGUGGUUACCAGGGCCAGCUCCAGGACGCCCGUAACCGCGCUAAUACGUCUGCUACACAACAAGAGCAGGCUAAGCUCAAGAUCGCUAACCUGGAGAAGAGGAUAAAAGAAGAGGAGCCCAGAGCGAAGAAGGCCAAGGAGCAGAACUCGGGCUUUCUGAAAGAUCUGGAAGGGCUGAAGUCCCAGGCCAAGAAGCUUGAAUCAGAGCUCACAAAGCUGGGAUUCGAGCCCGGGCGCGAGGAACAGCUCUACCAGGAGCAAAACGAACUCCAGAAGGAGAUUCGCGAGUUGCGGCAAAGAGCUGACGGGCUUCAGAGAAAGGUCGCAAACGUGGACUUCAACUACACCGAUCCCCAUCCUCACUUCGAUCGAUCCAAGGUCAAGGGUCUGGUCGCCCAGCUCUUCUCUCUGGACAAGGAGAAGCUCCAGGCCGCCACCGCCCUGGAGAUCUGUGCCGGUGGUCGUCUGUACAACGUUGUUGUCGACAGUUCCGAAACCGGUACACAACUGCUUCAGAAUGGAAGGCUCAAGAAGCGCGUGACCAUCAUUCCCCUCAACAAAAUCUCGUCCUUUGUUGCGUCCGCGGAGAAGAUCGGAGCGGCACAGAGGAUUGCACCCGGCAAAGUCGAUCUUGCCCUGUCACUCAUUGGAUAUGAUGACGAAAUCACGGCAGCCAUGAACUAUGUCUUCGGCAACACUUUGAUUUGCAAUGAUGCGGAUACGGCCAAAAAGGUCACUUUCGACCCCGCUGUUCGGAUCAAGAGUGUCACCCUCGAGGGCGAUGUCUAUGACCCAUCCGGUACUUUGUCCGGUGGCAGUGCGCCCAACUCGAGCGGCGUGCUCGUGACCCUGCAAAAGUUUAACGAGAUUACGAGGGAAAUCCGGACCAAGGAGCGCCAGCUGGCCACCGUGGCGGAGACUAUGCGGAAGGAGAAGAAGAAACUUGAUGCCGCACGGACAACCAAGCAGGAGCUGGACCUCAAGACCCACGAGAUCAAGCUCACGGAGGAGCAGAUUAGUGGCAACUCAUCUUCCUCGAUUAUCCAAGCUGUUGAAGAGAUGAAAGCGAACAUCGAGCAGCUAAAGAAGGACAUUUCCGACGCGAAGACUCGUCAGAGUGAGGCAUCCAAGGACAUCAAACGGAUCGAGAAGGACAUGAGCGAAUUCAACAACAACAAGGACAGCAAGCUUGCGGAGCUGCAGGCUUCGUUGGACUCUCUGAAGAAGAGCCUCGCCAAGAAUUCGAAUUCGGUCAAGUCUCUGCAGAAGGAGCUUCAAAACUCCCGGUUGGAGUUGGAGCAGGUUGGAAGUGAUCUUUCGGCUGCAGAGGAGCAAAGUGCCGAGACCGAGAACACGCUGAAGGCUCAGAUGGAGGAGGUCCAAGGGCUGAAGAGAGAGCAAGCUCGGAUCAAGGAUGCCCAUGACAUCGCCCAGGCUCACCUGGAUGAUGAGAGAGCCAAGCUAACAGGCUUCGACGACGAGAUUCGGGAGCUCGAGGAGACCAAGCAGUCGAAGAACUCGCAGGUCACGGAAGGCGGCUUGGAGAUGCAGAAGCUUAAGCACCAGCUGGAAAAGCUGCAAAAGGACCAGCAAGCCGCGGCUCAGACGGUGUCUUAUAUGGAGCAGGAGCACGAGUGGAUCGCCGACGAGAAGGAGAACUUCGGACGUCCCAACACGGCCUACGACUUCAAGAACCAAAACAUUGCCGAGUGCAAGUCGACUCUGCGCAAUGUGACGGAGCGAUUCCAGGGGAUGAAGAAGAAGAUCAACCCCAAGGUCAUGAACAUGAUCGACAGCGUCGAGAAGAAGGAAGCCGCGCUGAAGAACAUGAUGAAGACUGUGAUCCGUGACAAGAGCAAGAUCGAAGAGACCAUCGUCAACCUGAACGAGUACAAGAAGGAGGCUCUGCACAAGACGUGGACCAAGGUCACUGCCGACUUCGGGCAGAUCUUUGCGGACCUGCUUCCCGGCAGUUUUGCCAAACUGGUUCCCCCGGAGGGUAAGGACAUCACCGAGGGUCUGGAGGUCAAGGUGUCGCUGGGUAAGGUCUGGAAGCAGAGCUUGACCGAACUGAGUGGUGGACAACGAUCUCUCAUCGCCCUCUCACUUAUCAUGGCACUUCUGCAAUUCAAGCCUGCCCCAAUGUACAUUCUGGACGAGGUGGACGCGGCCCUGGAUCUGUCGCACACACAGAACAUCGGCCGGCUGAUCAAGACGCGGUUCAAGGGCUCGCAGUUCAUCAUCGUGUCGCUGAAGGACGGCAUGUUCCAGAACGCCAACCGGAUCUUCCGGACGCGGUUCAGCGAGGGCACGAGUGUGGUGCAGGCCUUGACCCCGGCGGAUCUGAAGUAGCGUUGGGAUUGCAGAUUUUCUUCUUCGCUUGUCCAUAUUUCCUGGGUGCAUUAAUGUUCUGGUUGGACACUGGGAUAGGAGUGUUGUGGCCGGCGAUGGGGGGAUUGGGACGGGGUGUUUUCGGAUAAUGUAUAUGAUUAUGGAUGAUUCUGCAGUUCGACUUUUACGACACGUGUUAAUGAUGUUGAUUAUUUUAUCUACUGUGAAUGGGGUUGAGCAUAGCCUUGUGGCAUCGUGGCAUCGUGGCACUGUAGCAUGCAU